CUUCAGUACAAGUCGGGCCCCAUACACUAUAACUGGAAUGUCGCUGGUGGAUUUCCAGAAAUCACCGGUGGACCUCCAGGUGAAUAUCCUAAAGGAAUCCUGCAGAAGUUAAUAGCCGACGGUGGGGCAGGAAAUGGACUGAUACAGACAGCAAUAAAUGCCGGCGGAGAUCUUUUAUCGGGGACAGCUGGAGCCAUCAAUGGGAUUGCAGGAGGACUGACUAAUGGAGGGACCGGGAAUGGAGGAGGAGGAUUACUGUCGGGAGUGCUCAAUGCCGGGGGAGAUCUUUUCUCAGGGACAGGUGGAAUCCUCAAUGGAGUUGGAGGAACUAAAGGAGGACACAAGAAUGGAUUAGGUUUUCAAGUUGGAACUGGAGGAAAAGAGGGGACGGGUUCUGGAGGAUUCCAUAUUUCGCUUGGAAUUGGGGGAAAGAUGGGACAAAUGCUUCCAGGUGGACUCAGUUGGAGGAGAUUGACCUCAAAAGGAACGUACUUUCUCACCAUGUUCAUGCAGAACACGAACUCUGCUGAAAGCCCGGGGUGGGAAAUGUUAGUGACCGGGACUUCACCGUCCACCUCUGUAACUAUCUCCGUCAACAAGUCCAACUUCAUGAAGACCGUCAAAGUCGGGAAAGGAGAAACAGUAACAAUUGAGAUUCCAAAUCCUCUAGAGAAGAAAGGGACCGGGUUGUCCCCACGUAGCAUCAGCAUUAAAGCCAGUGCAGAGAUCACAGUGAUGACCCGAAACUAUAAGAAAACCAGUGGAGAUGUGGCUUCUAUCUACCCAGUUGACCAGUGGGGAGUAGAAUACUACAUAAUCACCCCUUAUAAUGGACCUUCUAACCAGUAUACAGAAUUCGGGGUCCUUGCCUCUGACACUGCAACAUCAGUCACCAUGGUCCUCAGCGGAGCCGUACAAUUCAAUGGGAAGAAUUAUCAAAAGGGCGACACCCUGACCGUGAAUCUGGAGCCAUCGCAGUUUGUACAGGUUCAGAGUAAAGAUGACCUCUCCGGGACCAAGGUGACAUCUCAGUACCCUACUGCUGUCCUAUCGGGCCAUACGUGUGCUCCUAGUAAUGGAGGAGGUUGUGGCCAUGUUUAUGAACAGCUAAAACCUGUGGAAAGUUGGGGAACGUCCUACUUCAUCCCAGGCCUGUCCUUCCAGUCGGAAUAUGACCAAGUAUAUGUCAUGGCUCCUAAAGCCACUUGUAUCCAUCACCAGUCAGGUGGACAAAAGGUGAAGACCAACAUAGCAGCAGGAAACGUCAUGAGGGUUAACGUCUCCGCGUCUUCACCCUUUUCCAUCCACAGCAAUGAUAGAAUUCAGAUCCUAUUUAAUGGCAGAGGUGGAAAAAAUAAGGGUAAAUCCUUUGGACCUUUCCUGACCAAAAUCCCAGACAUCGAUUCCUUUGACCUUUCAUUCAACCUCAUCAGGCAGGAGGACUUUGACAACAAUAUGGCAGUUAUGAUAGCGAAGACCUCGAGUGCACCUGGAAUCACUCUUAAUGGGAACGCUCUACAAAACGCCAAGUGGACGGAGUUCCCUGAGUCUGAAUAUUCCUGGGCAGAAUAUGAUUAUGGAAGUGACUCCAGCUCCAACAGGGUGCAGCACCCUACAUCACCGUUUGGUCUCCUGUCUAUUGGUUACUCCAUGAAUAAGGCCUACGGGUCUGUGGCACCUGAUAUACAAGCUCCUGGGGCUUCGUUACCUGAACCAAUUGGAAAUAAUUCAAAAACGUUAUCAGGAAAAUCCAAGUUGACAGCAAAAUUCCUAGAUGACGAUAAAAAGUAGAGUUCAACCGCCGUGAUGGUUUACACCAUCGCAGGCUCCGUGACCUGAGACGUGUAAUUCCGGAUGUUACCAGGAGAUGGAGGAAAGUCGUCUCCUGACAUCAAUGACAAAUCACAAUAUGGAGGACGACAAUUUUCUUCUACUGAAAAAUUCUAAUAAAUGAUUUCACUUUCCUGAUAAAUCUGUAAUAACCAAAAAUUUACUGAAAGCAAUAAA